AAAAUUAGCCCUCAUCCUCUUUAGUCCUGACACGUGUCGAGGCGCAACCAGAGAAUCCAGAGAGAGUAGCUCAAUCUCCAAGUUCAUUUCCCAAAUAUACCUCUCAGCUCUCGCACUGCGACUCUCCCUCUUAUCGCAGAAUCGCUCACGGAUUUUACCUUAUUUCACAUCGUCCUUCAUCAAAACCCUUAAAAAUGUCGGGCGGGUUUUUCCGGGGUACUUCUGCUGAUCAAGACACUCGAUUCUCGAACAAGCAAGCCCAGUUGUUGAAAUCGCAGAAGUUCGCUCCUGAAUUGGAACAUCUGGUCGAUAUGAGGAAAGUGAAGAUGGAUAUUAUUAGACCAUGGAUUGCUAAUAGGGUGACAGAGCUUAUUGGGUUUGAAGAUGAAGUUCUUAUCAACUUUAUUUAUGGUCUCCUUGAUGCAAAGGAAGUGAAUGGAAAGGAGGUUCAAAUAUCACUUACAGGAUUUAUGGAGAAAAACACUGGAAAGUUUAUGAAGGAGCUUUGGACACUUCUUCUCAGUGCUCAGAAGAAUGAAAGUGGUGUUCCUCAGCAAUUCUUGGAUGCGAAAGAAGAGGAAACCCGGAAGAAGCAGGCAGAGGUGGAUAGGAUAACAAAUGAAAUUCAGAAAAAGAAAGAGAAGGAGGGUGAAGAAUUUGAGCAGGAGAGAUCAAAGAAGAUGGAUGGUGGGGCUGAAACAAAGGCCAAUGUUGCUGGUUUGGAGCCAGCCUCAAAGCAUAUGGCAAAGGGUUCUAGUGGUGAUCCUGAGGAUGAUAAAGGAACUGACAAUAGGAAUGUUGGGACAGGAAGAAACAGGUUUUCUAUAUCUCCCCUUUCUUCUGAUCGUUCUUCUUCAUCUGCUCGGGGUUCACCUUCUCAGAACAGCAGGUCAUUUUCAAAUUCAAGAAGUUAUUCAGGCGACCGGCACAAGUCCAGGAAUCUGUCUAGAUCACCAGAAGCACAAAGGAAAUCUGUUUCUUUGGAUAUUGUCUACCGCUCUCCAGGAAAAAGGUCUAUUACACCUCAUUGGAGGUAUUCAUCUCGGGUCUCCCUUUCACCUUCAAGAAGGAGAUCAUUGUAUUCUAGGCAAAGAUCAAGAUCAUCUUCACGCUGCAGAUUGCCUUCUCCAGGAGGACGUAGAUUGCACUCUCCAUUUCGACGUAGAUCACCCUCACCAAUUCGUCGUCGUCGAUCGCCCUCAUCUAUUCGGGGUCGCGGAUCACCCUCACCCAUUUGGCGUCGUCGAUCGUCCUCAUCUAUUCGGGGUCGCGGAUCACCCUCACCCAUUCGUCGUCAUAGAUCACCCUCACCCACUCGACGCCGUAGAUCUCCUUCACCUCUUGGGUGCCGAAGAUCACCGUUGCGCUUUCGACGGAGAUCACCCUCUCCUGUGCGGCGUAGAUUACCCUCGCCUGUGCAGCAUAGAUCACCCCCACCUCCUCGGCGUAGAUCGCGUCCCAUACGACGUAGAUCACCCUCUCCCUAUUGCUCUAGGUAUCGGAGAUCUCCAUCAACUCCUUAUCGUCGGUCUCCAUAUCCAAGACAUAGGUCAUCUAUUCCCGCCUGUAGGAGAUCACCAAUUCCUACCCGUCGAAGGUCUCCUUCACCUUAUGGAUCAAUUUCUCCUCCUGUCCAGUAUAGGUCUCCUUUACCUGUAAGGAAUUCUUCAAAGGAACGUAGGAGGUCACCUGUGCGAUCUGUUGGGGAAAGAGUUAGUGUGCGGGAAAAAUUAUCCCCUGUGCUGCGUCGAUCCAUUAGUUCUUUGAGGUCACCGCCAAGAAAUUCAAAGAAUCAGAAGGAUUUGCAUGAUAAAUCACCAUCUUUGUCGCCUUCACCAGAGAUGUCUUCAGUUCGGUCAGAUUCUCCACCACCUACUAGGAAUAGGAUUUCUAGUGAGGACAGAAGGUCAACUCAUCCAUAUGUGAGCCUUGCGAGGCAAAGAAAAGGGAGAAGAAAUAGGUCUUCUAGUUCAUCUAGGAGCCCUGUGAGGCAAAGAAGGGGGCAAAUUACAUAUGAUAACAGCUUAAGCCCUCCACAGAAGCCAAAAGAGCAGAAACCUUAUCAAGAAAGUCCAUCUAGCAAAGAGGAUGAAGAUACUGAUCAUGCUCGGGAUUAUAAAUCCAGGUCUUCACAGAAAUGUUCUAUGCUUUCAUCCAUCACCAGUAAGCAGAAAGAUUCUCCUGUGGAGAUCCAUUUGAAGGAUGAGCACUCUUCUGAAAGAGUGGCGGGUCAUCGACUUACUAAAUCUCAGAGCCGUCUUGAUAUUGCGGAAUCAAGGAAGAAAGACAAGGAAAUAAAGAUUGAAAAGUGUUCUCGGAAGGGGGCUUAUCCUGAAACUCCUGAAGGGCAGAAAUCUCCAACUGCAUAUGAGGACCAUUUGCUGGGGAAGAGGCAAAUGCCUUUUGUGGGAGAGGGUAAAAACUCUGAUGAGAGAAACCAUUCAAAUUCAAACAAGGUUAAGGACAGUGAUAGGCAACGUAAGUCAGAAACUACACAAAUAUCAGUCGAAAAAGCUGAUCAUAGUAAUGGUGGUGUUGGUGCAUUUGAUUCUGGUUCUGAGGAAAGCGACCAGCGCAGAACUGAGAAUAAGGAAAGGCGAAAGCAUAAAAGAUCAUAUAGAGAAGAAAUGGCUUCAGAUGAUAAUUACAGCUAUGAUUCUGAAUAUGAAGAAAGGAAAGAGGCUAAGAGGAGGAGCAAGGAAGAAAAGAAACUGCGAAAAGAGGAAAAAUAUCGGCGGCGUGAGGAGCGACGUCGUAGAAGGAAAAAACACCGUGCAGAGAAGCUCAAGUUGAAGGAUCUAAAUGAUGUUAAUUCUUCUGAUGAUGAACUUGCUGGGAGAAGAGAUCCAAGUGAUGGUGAAGAUACACAUUCUGAGCAGAAAAAACUUGAGACUGAGUUGAGGAAGAAGGCUCUUGAAUCACUUAAAGCAAAGAAGGGCAUUAGUCACUAAUUUAUUGCUGUCAUGAGCAUUGUCAUUUUAUUUUUGUGUUGUUCUUUACAUAUUUGCUAGGAACUUUGUUUUGAAUGGCUGUUCUUUUAUAUUGGCAACUGUUUAAUGUAGUCUGUUUACUGCUGGCAGCUGAAAUGGAUAAAUGAGGGUUUCCUGAGCUA